GGCUCACUCACUGAAUGCAAUGUCAUAUGAAAUACAGUUUAUCAACAAAUCGUCACUUUUUAUGACAAAAAUCUAUUUCUCGAGAGAUUGUUGUCUGCAAUGAAGAGACAUUUGAGUGGAUGAGUCAGUCCUCGUGUGUCCACUCAAUGCACGACUCAUUGCUGUCCACCGAAAGUCAUACAAAAGUGACUGAAAUGACGGAAACAACGUCUCCUCCGACGGUGACCGCCGAUGACUGGUUCGCCGAAGAGCUCCAAUUGGUUCCCAUUCCCUACAUAUCACUGAUAGGUCUGAGCGCUCAGAACAAUGCCAUUCACGCCAUGAUAUGGAACUCAUUCACUCAGAACCGCGGUUCAGAUCGACCGCCGCUUUACUUCAAACUGAUGGCAGAUAAUCACACUUUCAUGGCAUCCAAACCCAAAAAGUCUUCGUACGAGUGGCACAUCCCGAAGGGUAUCCUCAAGACGUCGUGGAUCCGGAAGCACUUGUUUGAGAUGCCGUCCGUCUGUGUGCUCUUCGUUGAACUCAAUUGGGAUGACUUGUCGUGGAAUCAGAAGCGAACGGAAUGUGUGGCAAAAGUAGAACAUUUGAGACGAUCACUGCACUCGAGGAAUACAAGAAUCACUUUAGUACUGAUCCAGACGUCCACAUCUCUGCCAUCAGACGACUCUUUGGUGACGGAGAGAGCGGCCCUUCUCUGCAGUUCUUGUGAUCUGAACGCGAAGUCACUGUUUGUGUUACCAAACCGCGGUUCAGAUCGACCGCCGCUUUACUUCAAACUGAUGGCAGAUAAUCACACUUUCAUGGCAUCCAAACCCAAAAAGUCUUCGUACGAGUGGCACAUCCCGAAGGGGAUCCUCAAGACGUCGUGGAUCCGGAAGCACUUGUUUGAGAUGCCGUCUGUUUGUGUGCUCUUCGUUGAACUCAAUUGGGAUGACUUGUCGUGGAAUCAGAAGCGAACGGAAUGUGUGGCAAAAGUGGAACAAUUGAGACGAUCACUGCAUUCGAGGAAUACAAGAAUCACUUUAGUACUGAUCCAGACGUCCACAUCUCUGCCAUCAGACGACUCUUUGGUGACGGAGAGAGCGGCCCUUCUCUGCAGUUCUUGUGAUCUGAACGCGAAGUCACUGUUUGUGUUACCAGUGAGU